AUGAAUAUUUUGAUUGUUUGCAUUGUGAUAGCCAACGUAGUAAUAUCCCAAGGUAAUGUGGAGGAAGCUGGAAAAACCAAUUACGAAAUUCAAGAACAAUCACUUCUAGUAUUUGACCAUCGAGAGUGCAGAUACCUCGGCCACACAAGGAAACGGAGAAGUAAAAGAGCUGACAGACCCCUGUGUCAAAUGGACUUGCCUGGCCAAUCAGACCCAGCUGCUAGUUCAAGGGUGCUGAGCCCGUGCCCCUCGGAGCUGCUCUUGGGAACCCUGGUUCAAGUUGCAGCUGAAGGUCUGCCACCUUAUGAACUUCAUCUGGUUAUCUGA